UGGGUUUCCAUUGUAAAGAGAGGGAAGUGGACAAAUCAGAGCUGCCUUCUUUACAAUCAAAGAAGUAUGGAGCAGCUAGAUGGCUUUCCUGAUCAACUGGAGGACCUGGAUUCCUAUUCAGAAUCUGUGAAAUUUGAUGCUCGCUCAAUGACAGCACUGCUUCCUCCCAAUCCAAAAAAUGGCCCUGCCCUUCAAGAGAAACUGAAGUCCUUCAAAGCUGCACUAAUUGCCCUUUAUCUCCUUGUGUUUGCAAUUCUCAUACCUAUCAUUGGAAUAGUGGCAGCUCAUCUCCUGAAGUGGGAAAUGAAGAAUUGCACAGUUGAUCCAAUUAAUGCAAAUGAUAUAUCUCAAAGUCUGGGACAAAGAAAUGGAAGUGAAGCUAAAAUGAAAUUUCAAGAAUUUGUAAUGGAAAGCAUGGUCAACAUGGAGAAGAGAAUCCAAUCUAUUUCAGAUUCAGAAGCCAAUCUCAUAAAUUCAGAACACUUCCAAAAUUUCAGUGUGACAACGGAUCAAAGAUUUAAUGAUAAUCUUCUCCAGCUAAAUAACUUGGUUUCCUCAGUCCGGGAAUAUGAGAAUGCAGUAGGUGAAAUCUCCAAGUCUUUAAUAAAUCUGAAUAGCACCUUACUUGAUUUACAGCUCAAUAUAGAAACAUUGAAUGGCAAAAUUCAAGAGACUACUUUGAAACAACAAGAGGAAAUCAAUAAAUUAGAAGAACGGGUACACAACACAUCAGCAGAAAUUAAGUCUCUAAAAGAAGAACAAGUUUAUGUGCAACAGGAAAUAAAAAGAGAAGUGAAAGUAUUGAAUAACAUCACUAAUGAUCUCAGACUGAAAGACUGGGAACAUUCUCAGACAUUGAGAAAUAUCACUUUAAUUCAAGGUCCUCCUGGACCCCCAGGUGAAAAAGGCGACAGAGGUCCGAUUGGAGAGAGUGGUCGGCCUGGCAUUCCAGGUCCAAUAGGUCCUCCAGGUCAUAAAGGUGAUCGGGGGGCAACUGGCUUUCCUGGAUCAAGGGGACUCCCAGGAUUUACAGGAAAGGCGGGGAGGACAGGAAAUCCUGGACAAAAGGGCCAAAAGGGAGAAAAAGGAAGUGGAAGCACAUUCAGUCAUCAACACAACUGACUUCCAAGAUCCCUUUUGUGACUCCUCCAAAUGACCUUGGUUCCUGUGUCAAGCCUGGCUUCUACUGGCUUCUUCUCCUGAUCCUUGGUGCUGUUUGGGUCUCCACUGCCACAUUCAUACAUUCUCCACUCUACUACCAUCACCCCUAUCCCCUUUGCACCCCUUGCCUGACUCUCCCAUGCAGUGACUGGUGGGGUGCCCAGGCCUAUCCUCAGGUACCAGACCAGCAGCCCUCUGCUGUUCACUCUCUUAGUCAUUCUAAUCCCUCUUUAAUUCAUCGGAUCCUAAGGAGAAUUGAUCAUAUGAGAACUGAUUAUAUGUGGUUCUUUAAGUUAAAAACAUUAUUCUCAACCAAGGUUAGGGAUGGCAUAGAAGAAAAUCUAUUCAUUCAUUCAUUCAUUCAUUCACUUAACAUAUGUUCACUGUAUUCAUCCAGAAACAGGAUGUAACAACUAGUGAGAUAGACAUUGUCUCUGGCCUUGCAGAGAUAAUUGUGCCUGAGAGAUUCAGACAAGCCAGCAAUUAGAACAUGCUAGAGCUCUAUGGAGAAAGAACAGGACUUUAUAAGUGUUCAGAGGAGAUAAAGAUUCCCUAGAAUAUUAAAAAAUAGAUUGAUUUAGUUUUCUUAGUUUACCUUCCUUUCUGAUCUCCAGCUUAUAGCAUAUUAUUUUUCAAGUUUUAAAAAAGUAAGGUAAUGUGGAGCUUUGGAUAAUUUAUUCAACACAUUUGAACCAAAAUGUGUUUCCUUAAAUUACCUAUUUCAAACAAAAACAUCUUACAUAUGAUAAAACAAUGCUGAAAAAAAUUACAACAAAUCUCUCUGUAUUUUAAGCUUUAAGUAUAGAUUCUGGAGAAAAAUAAAUAUUUUAGUAGAAGUAGAGUUAUUUUGUGUAGGUGAAGAAGAGGAAGAAAUUGAAGAAGUGGGAAAGGCAGACAAAAACAUAUUGGAAAAAUGUGGGAUGAUCCCAUGUUAUUUUUGAGUGCCUCUGUACUGAGAAAUGUGUGACCACAUUUUCACAGCUCUCCUUUUCUUCAAGUUUUAACACACAGCCCCAAGGUUUACACCAUUAAGUUUCUUGUAGAAUUCCAUGUAGUAUGUCUAUGUGUCUCUCUUCAUUUCCUUUCCCUGCCCUUGUUAAAUGGUCACGUUAACACCUACCUCACAGGGUUGUUGUGAGGACCAAAUGAGAUAUCCUGUGUGUGAAGAUGCUCUGUAAAAUCAUAAAGUGCUUUAAAAUCAUAA